AUGGAUAUCCUGUGCGCGCCCCCCGCUGGGUCCGCGUCCUUGCGGCAAUCCAGUCGGUCCCACUGGACGCGAGCCCCGAUCAACGGCACCAUGCGAGGAUUGCUUACUCUGGCGUGUGGUGCGGUGGCGGUAGCCUCGGCUAGCGCCUUCUUGGUGUCUACGCCGUGCGCUCUCUCCUCUUCCUCCGCUGCUGCUGCUGGCAGAUUAGCAUGUCGUCGAGCGAUGAGCAUGAGCAAAGGGUUCGGGGAGCCUCCCCCGCCGAAGAAGGUCAAGGCGCCCAAGUCAGAGAAGAGCAUUCAGAGAGACGCCGCCGCGAAAGCUUACGAGGAGAUGUCGGCGGCCGGUAUUCCUGAGUACAACAUCCUCAUCAAGCCUGCGGGAACAGAUGACUACUUGCCUGCGGGAGUGAUGGCCGUGCCAAGGAGCCAGCAGGUGUCCGAGGCGAUCUUUGAGCAGGAGGAGAACCUGAAAAAGGCGGCGUUCCGGGUGUACGACAAGCUCGCCGCUUACGACGAGUUUGAGUACGGUUACACCUUGAAGAUGUUCCCGGACGACCCAGUGACCCCGAUCGAGAAGCGAGCGCCGUCCACGAACCCUGUCGGGAAAUUCUUCGAGGGUCUCCUGAGCCCGGUUAACACGGCGGGCAUGAAAGGGCCGGAAAUCAACCCUCCCCCGAAGUAGAGAAAAUUUGGAGCCUUCGUUUUUCCUCACAGAAAACAGGAUACCUCUUGUCGACGUUAGAUUUGAUAGAUGGUAUGGGAUGGGCGAGGCACAAAUCGACGUAUCGUAGCCAUCGCCAACCACUUGGCAUAUGAAGCCUUUUGCAAGGGUAAUUUCGACGACGAAACACAGCCUUGCUUUGCCUGAAGGCCUUUCAUACCGAUAGGAUUCGGACACGGUUUACCUUCGAGCCGGCUCGUUUUCUAUCCGUACGAACUCGUGAUGUUCUUAAAAUUCAUGGGCUACGUCUUGAUCAGUUUCCACCACGGCCAAUAGGUUGGGAUCUCGGUAGUAGUGCAGAUUGAAACGACCAGGACCACUGGCUGUUUUUUUUUUAACUGUUCGGGGCGGGGGG